UCCGUAUGUGUGUAUGUGUACUGUGUAUGUAUAUAUGCCCUAGUCGUAUAGUCAUAGAUAUGAUCACACAGUGCUAUUUUCCAUCUUGUUGAAGGAACUGUUUUAGAGUAAAUGUGUGCUGCAUAAAAGUGUAAAAACUUAUAUAGAACUUGCUUACUGUUAAAAUAAAAAAACAUUAUAGGGAUGAAGCUAAAAUAGGGAUGCACAGGGAAAACAGCUGAAGUCAGAAGGUUCUACAGCAUGUCCUGUGUGCACGUGGAAAUGUCCAUCUGAAGGUAUAUUCUACUUUAUUAAAACAGUGAUAGUUCUGAAAAGCAAAUUCUUAUAAAAAUCCCCACGGGAGGAGUUUACUCCGGGAAAUGUGUAUAGUUGAUGAAAGCUGCAGUUUCAGGAAGUUGAUUUUUUCCUCCUGAAAAAGGAAGUUAUGAUGUCCGUGGUACAUCGUCUGACAGUGGGAUGGCUUGUGGAUCAUCUCUCUUUCAUCAACCAGUGUGGCUAUGAGAUCUGUGACUCCUUUGCAUGCCCUGGUGGUGUCACUCUCAAUACUUCUGUCAGAUCUACUGAAGACUGUCAUGGUUCUUCUACCUUUGUUGCCACUUCCUCAUCAAGCAGUGGUCCUACUCAUAGCCCUGAGGAUGCCAUAGAAACAGAAGGUAAAACAGCAAAAAUGAGAUACGUGUUUCGAGAGGAGUUCUUUGACAUUUCUAAGCCCCAUAUAGUUGCACCUCCUGAGGAGCAGCUAUGUCAGGGGUGCCCUGAGAUGAGUCUGACAGAAAUAAAGGUCAACAGUAACAGAGAGGAACGCCAGGAAGGAACAAAGAGUGGUGCUGAAGAUUCUGUUGGCAGUGCUAUGAAGAAACGUAAAAGGAAAUGUUUAUUCAACCAAGGUGAACUGGAUGCUUUGGAAUACCAUUCAAAGGUCAGGAAGCUGAUUUGGGAAGGCACUUUGCAUUUAGUCCAAGAAGGACUCAAAAGUGGUUUUCUUCACCAAAGGACUGCAGAACUCAGUUGCAGGAAGAAUAACGUUCCUGUUGUCUGUGGGUUGGCUGAAUUAUGUGAAAUGGCAAAGCAGUUUCCAGCUGUGAAUGAAGGUGACCAUCGGGCUGUAUAUGUGCUAGAGGAUGAAACCUCCAGUCCAGAGCAGGACCUGCUUUCGUGUGUUGCAGAAAACGCCUCAAACCAUGCGAAGAUAAUUGUGUUAAUGGGGCAGAAGUACUUGGUGCCACCAAAAAGCAGUUUCCUUUUAUCUGAUAUUUCAUGUUUACAGCCCCUGCUGAACUACAAAAAAAAAUAUGAUGUAAUUGUGAUUGAUCCACCAUGGGAGAACAAGUCUGUUAAAAGGAGCAACAGGUACAGCCACUUGUCUUCAUGGCAAAUCAAGCAGAUUCCUGUACCAACACUAGCUGCUCCAAAUUGUCUUGUAGUCACAUGGGUGACUAAUAGACAGAAGCACUUACAUUUUGUUAAGGAUGAGCUCUAUCCUCACUGGUCAGUGAAGACACUUGCUGAGUGGCACUGGGUAAAAAUUACUAGGGCUGGAGAAUUUGUAUUGCCUUUGGAUUCUUUGCACAAAAAGCCCUAUGAAGUUCUUGUAUUGGGGAGAGUUCAAGGAGAUGAUAAGGAAGCCUUAAGGACAUCUGAGGGUGUACUUCCAAUUCCAGAACAUAAGUUAAUUGUCAGCACACCCUGCACUCUGCAUUCACAUAAACCUCCUCUUACUGUUCUGGCAGAGUUUAUCAAACCAGAUGUGGAAUGCUUGGAGCUGUUUGCUCGCAACCUCCAGCCUGGCUGGACCAGCUGGGGAAACGAGGUCCUGAAGUUUCAGCACAUUGAUUAUUUCACUCUUUUGCAGAAGGAAAACUGAGCUGGGCCUUACACAUCUAUAUCUUCUGAAAUUCUGUGCCUUCCCAGGGUGAAUUUUAUUCUGAUGGUUAUUACUGAUGGCUCACUUAAAGGUGACAGAAAUAAAACCAAUUGCAUUUCAAUUACUUGAAAUAAGUAAAUAAUGUAACACUGACAGUAGUUUACCAGGGAAAACAUUUCUUGCUGCAUGAUUUUAUUUAGUCUGCGUUUUAAACUGUCAGUUUAAACUGUCAGUACCUAAUUCUUGACAGGAUAUCUGUUUAAUGAUAUCUCCAUUUGUACGUGGUGGUCCUUAUUUUGAUGACCUGAAAAUAUUUAAAUACUGAUGUUGGAAUGCAAGUUCAUUCCCAUUUUUUUUUUUUCAAACCUCAAGGAAAAGAUAUCUUAAAGUAUUCUCACUGCAACUAUUAAAUCUGAGCUAAUAACACGUCACAAGUGCUAUAUUGUAGCACUUGUAUUAUUUUUAAAGAAUGACAAUGACUCUUUAAGGAGUGUCAGUGGGAGUAAAGAGUUCUGAAUUAUGCAUGUUUUCUUAAAGAAGACUGGUUUUUUGCAAAACAAUGGAUUUUGAACUAAAAUAGUUAUGAAGGCAGUGUAUCCUCCCACAUGUUUGUAUCUGUCUGUCUAUCUCAGAAGAAAUAAAAGGAGCAGUGCUUGUGUUAAUUGGCACAUGAAUUUUUGGCUGACCACAUUCUAUGUAAAAUUAUACUUUUACAACUGCUGGCAAUUAUAUCUUUCUGUAUAUAGUGUUAAUUUUUGAACACAUUGUAAAUGAUCGGUCUUAAUGUCUUAUGAAUUCUGACCUUUUAACAGAUUAUAUGUAUUUUUAAAAUUAUCCUUCCUUAUGUUCUUUGAACAUUAAAAAGCUACGCCAGUGAGCUGUAUUUUUCAGCUAACAUAAAGAUGACCCUUCCUUUUUUUUUUUUUUUUUUUUUUAAAAGAAUGGUACACUUUGUGUGUCCUUUGCUGUGCUUAGAUUUGUUUAGAAAAAUAAAAAAAGAAAAUGUAAUGAAGCCUCUGUCAUUGACUCAUUUGCAGCACUAAAGACUGAAGUGCUGGACUAGCUGACUUUCCUGAUGGCAAGCUCCUGAGUCCUGACUGUUUAUAAUGGGGAACAAAAUGCAUUGCAUACCUUCUUUACCUUAAUUUUCCUUUUGCUAGUCUGAUGACCUGUGAAGACUUUUUUAAAUUAAACUUUAAAU